AAAAAUCAUAUUCAUAUUGCUUUUUGGUUUUUACUUAUUUAGACGUCACCCAUAGCAAGACGGAUUUGACUGUUAUACGUUUUUGAACUUACAAGAUUUUAAAAUAUUUUCCUCAUUUGAAAUCCUUUGCUUUCCUUUCCUUUCCUUUCUCUGCUUGUUGCCAGUUUGGUAAGUUUUACGCGCAGACGAACGGCGAAAUCUCAGGCGUGCAGCUUGAUUUCCUCCUCUGAAUACAGAUUUCAGAUGCCGGAGACAUCUGAGGAGUCGAGCAAAGAAGCUGCAAACUGUGAGCAUAAUGAUGGUGUAAAUGUAAGGGAAGACAGCGAAUAUGUUAGGCUUGUUAUUUCCAAUGAACCAAGAGUACUUGAAGCUGAAGAGGGUACCCACAUCUUACAAACUGAAGCAAAUGCAAGACUUAAUACUUUCUUUUGGUGGAGUAAAACACUUGCAUUAUGUAUUCUACUUAUUGUACUUCUUCUCAUUUUCUUGAAAUGGGGAGCUCCGUUUCUUUUUGAGAAGGUACUUUACCCAAUCUUGGAAUGGGAAGCAACCGCUUUUGGCCGUCCAGUCCUCGCCAUUGUGCUUGUUGCUUCUCUGGCCUUGUUCCCUGUGUUCUUAAUUCCUUCAGGACCUUCCAUGUGGUUGGCUGGGAUGAUUUUUGGAUAUGGCAUUGGAUUCAUCAUAAUCAUGGUUGGAACAACAAUUGGAAUGGUCCUUCCCUAUUUGAUAGGGCUUCUGUUCCGAGAUCGCAUCCAUCAAUGGUUAAAGAGAUGGCCCCAGAAAGCUGCUAUGCUCAAACUCGCUGGGGAAGGGAGUUGGUUCCAUCAAUUUCGAGUGGUUGCUUUAUUUAGGGUUUCACCAUUUCCAUAUACAAUUUUCAACUAUGCUAUAGUGGUAACAAGUAUGAGAUUUUGGCCCUAUCUAUGGGGAUCAAUAGCUGGAAUGGUGCCAGAAGCUUUUAUCUACAUCUAUAGCGGUAAAUUAAUAAGAACAUUUGCUGAUGUGAAGUAUGGAAAGCAUCACUUGACUACUGUGGAAAUCGUAUACAAUGUCAUCUCGUUCAUUAUUGCUAUCAUAACAACAGUUGCUUUCACUGUUUAUGCAAAAAGAGCUCUGGAGGAGAUUGAAAAGUCAGAGACUAUUGGAGAAGUUGCUGCCUCUGACCAAGCCAGUUAUGAGAUGGGAAAGCUUCCCCCUGAAAGGCCUAAUCAUGUAAGUUUGUCAUCUUUUCGGUCAUAGUAUCUGGACAAUUAGAGGGAAAUGCUUGUACCUAUAAAAAGAUUUGAUAUAGCAGGCAAGUCUUACAUGCUCUGAUCAUUUGUGACUAUUUUUUUUACCACAUUUUCUUUUAGGUUUGUAAUUACAGAAAAUGAAAAUAUAUAUAGAAAAUAGAAUGUUAAGACUUGCAUGCCUAUGGCUUUUGAUCCAUACUCUAAUUCCAUAUCAACAAAGCCACUACAUUGUUUUUA